CUUUCCCAAAUAUUUUAUCAUGAUUAAUUAAAUCUGACCACUACACCCCAUCUAUAGGUAUGUCGUCUAGGCAUGUUUUAGUUUCCACGUAAAUUGGCAUCGAAAAGGCAAAACAAGGUCCGUGAUGUUGUACGUGUCAUACUAUUGGCUAUACUCCAGAAAUGUCUUGUGUAGUUCUUAAAACCCACCCGAACAAAAACAAGUAAUAAAAAACAUGCUAUUCUCAAUUCAUUGAAAUAGUUUUACAAUAAACAUGGUGAUUACAAUGGAUACUUUUUGCACCGCUGACAUGAGAAUUUUAUGCUAAUGGUUACAUCGGAACUACAUUUCCCAGAGGGUACUACAAUCUUAUUGACUGUUUUGAGAGGAGGGGAGACUGCUUUCAACUCUCAUCAUUUAUAGCCAGCAGGAACACAUCGUUGGGGAUUUUUUUAAAUUUAUGUUUGUAUCGUCUUUAGCUGGUCCAUAACGAUUUUUUGUAUAACUAUCAGUUUCAAAGUAACAUUUAAAAAAUAUAUAUUCAUUGUCACUGCACCAAUAACUAGCAGCUUGUGCUAACUAGCUUGCUUCACGGUUUAGCUAGGUCGGUGAGCCUAGUUAGUUACUAAAAUACCAACACAUUGUUUUAGGUAUGAGGUUUUUUUAAUGAGUUAUUUGAUACUGAUAACUAGCUAGAUAACAGAUAUUGCGCGAUUUCAAAACAAAACAAACUACUUGAAUCAAAAGAGAGGUUAACUAACUAGCCAUUGUGCGCAUCGAGGAAAUCGAAACAAAGAAAACGUUUUUAGUUUUGCUGGAUCAGCUGGCUCGCUAGGUUGCUAGCUGUGUUGUAAACGACGACGUUCCCCGCCAAACGUUAGCAAUAUUAACUAGUUGGCUAUCUUGCCAUGGCGCAACAUGGUCCUGUUCACGUAGCAAGCUCACAAAAAGCAUUAAUGCUAGAAAUGAAGAGCCUUCAAGAGGAGCCAGUCGAGGGCUUCAAAAUAACAUUGGUCGAUGAAGCAGAUCUCUACAAUUGGGAAGUGGCAAUUUUUGGACCCCCUAACACUCACUAUGAAGGGGGCUAUUUCAAGGCUCGUAUCAAGUUCCCCGUUGACUACCCCUACUCGCCACCUGCCUUUCGUUUCCUCACCAAGAUGUGGCACCCCAACAUCUAUGAGAAUGGGGAUGUAUGUAUAUCCAUUCUGCACCCUCCAGUUGAUGACCCUCAGAGUGGGGAGCUGCCAUCUGAGAGGUGGAACCCUACCCAGAACGUCAGGUACACGCCCUCUCAGACCAUCCUUCUGAGUGUGAUCUCUCUGCUGAACGAGCCCAACACCUCCUCCCCGGCCAACGUGGACGCCUCCGUCAUGUACCGCAAGUGGAGGGACAGCAAGGACAGAGAGUACAGCGAGAUAAUCAGGAAGCAGGUGUUGGCCACUAAGGCUGAAGCGGAGCGCGACGGGGUGAAGGUCCCCACAACACUGGCUGAAUACUGUGUCCGCACACGCGCCCCGCCCCCCGACGAGGGCUCCGACCUCUUCUACGACGAUUACUAUGACGACGAGGAUCUGGAGGACGAAGACGAGGACGACUGCUGCUAUGAUGAAGACGACUCUGGGACGGAGGAGUCGUGACACGUCCUACCUGGGAACCUGGAUGGCUGACGCGUGCGUUCCCUGAAUUCUCCUCCCGUAGGAGAGACUUUUCAGGAAGGACUACUUCACAUAUUUUAAACCUCUCACUUUUUCUAUCCUCAGAAUCCAAGCACACUGUCGUCUGUGCAAAGUCUGCACCUGUUAUUUGCAGGAAGUAUAGACUAAAAUGUAACUAAACUCGACAUGCUACCUUAUGACCCUGUUUGACUAUCUGGAAAAAGCAGGUGUAACCACUUGGUAAAUCAGGCACAUGAGUUGGCCGCCUCCUAGUUCACUCACACCUAUAGUCAGAAAGUGUUUUGCCUGAACAGGUGACUGAAGGCUUCACCUGUCAUGGUGUCUG